AUGGUUCUGGCGAUCGGCCACUGGGUGUCAAGCUCAGGUUCUGACCACGAUGCGUCCCCAUACUAUCCUGCCGCACGCUCCCGCUUGUCUACACGAAUGUUGGAGUCUGGAACCAUUGGCAACGUUCAAGCCUUCCUCCUCAUGGGCAAUUAUUUGCAAAAGCGAGAUCGUCCGAAUACUGGUUACAAUCUGAUAGGCAUCGCCUUCAGGAUGGCUCUUGGACUGGGGCUUCAUCGGGAGUUCCCGCCAGGUGUUGCCGGAAAUGACAUCUUAGCCCAAGAGAGGAGAAGACAGCUGUGGUGGAUCCUGUAUUGUUUUGAAAGUGGUUUCAGCAUCACUACCGGCAGACCUACCACAGCAUCGGCUGCAUUUAUAGACACUCGAAUGCCCCGCAAUGUCGAGGAUUUGAACUCCACAUUGGAUGAUUCCCUGCCAUUGCCGGUGGAUUAUCCAACAACUCACUCCGCGAUCAUCGCACAGGCGCACUUGGCAGUGAUUGCUAACAAGAUACAUAACGACUUUCUGUCAGCCCACAUGAACAACGGGGAUGUUGAUCCAGAAGUGGUGCAAAAUAUGGAGCAGCAACUAUAUGCUUGGAAAAGCUUUCUUCCGCCGUACUUCAUGGAUUCCAACGUCCCUCAAUGGUUCCGAGGUCCCCGGGCCGUAGUCUUAUGGAAGGAGCAGAACCUGCGGAUCAUGCUAUGGUACGGGGCUCAAAGGAGCAACAACAUAGGCCUGAACAAAGCCAACGCGGUCCAAAAAUGCCAGCUUGCUGCAAUCGAAACGAUACAAGAUGUCUCAACGUUCUGCAAGGAACAGUCGGAUUUGUUACACGCUGGGCUGAGCUGGUACGCCAUCUACUUCCUGUUUCAAGCCACCCUGGUUCUCGAUAUCAGCCUCUUGCAGUCGGCCGAUCAACCACACAACGAAGUCACACCAUCGCCGCUGGAUGAUACUGUCUCCCUGGCCAGAGAUUGCCUGUCCAAAAUCGGGCUGAGAAACUCCGCCGCAACGCGUUGCAUCUCUGUCCUGGAUCGUAUCCACGAGCAUCUCGCUUCUACCAAGGCGACAUCCGGGCAAGCUUUUCCAAACAUGGCAUGGGAUCCUUAUCCCACCUUCACAAGGCGGACAACUCCACAGGCCCUCACGAUGGACAACAAUCACUGGACAUUCACUGUUGAUCCGACACUGCACAUGUUCCUUGAUAACCCAUCAGUGGAGAACCUGUUGGAAGGUAUCGAGGGCUUCCCCAGCACGCAAGAACAGCAGUUUUUCGAUUACACAUCUGGUAACUUGUACAAUACCGAAGAUGGUCAGAGCUUGAUGACCUGGCCCAACACGAAUUUUAUUUGA